CUUUGUCUUAUCUUCAUCCACCAUCGCACGGUACCUCGAGGAAAAACUUCGGAUGAACGACGCAUCCUCUAAUGAACAAUUUAAGCCUUGCGUUGACCUAUAUCUGAGGCCCGACAUCCAGGAACUACUUCGGUCUAACGAGGAGCCUUCGCCGUCUGUUCUAGAUGAAAUCUCAUCACGACUUCAGGUCAUCCACCGAGGCGAACUACUGGAAGAGCUCGAACAAGAGGCGCAUGCGUAUGAAUCUAUCCUUCACCCCAUCCGAAAAGUCCCUACCGAAGUCCUAUUCAACAUUCUCGGAAUGGUAGCUAUGCCUCAGCUCGGAAAGUCGCUCCCAGAGACGUAUUUACCUCGCGCCAUGAUCAACACACUCGAGCCCAUGAGGACGCUGUUGGCAAUAACCCAAGUCUGCUCUCGCUGGCGGGAAAUCAUGUUGUCAUCGCCUCAAUUCUGGUCAUAUAUAUCUUUGAUAACUACAAACACAAUUGACUGGGAAGAUUUGGAGUCAGUAGUAUACGACCUUCUGGACCAACAACUUGAAAGAUCCCAGAAUCAUCCUCUUACCGUCGCAAUCGAGUUCCGCAAGUCAGAAGGAUUUCUUGACCCACAUAUUGCUACGCCAAUGAGUCCGCUCAACAAACUCAUGGGCCAUUCGGGGCGUUGGGAACGUUUAUUCGUGAAAAACACUCGCCUUUUCGAAUUCAUCCCUAUCAAAUCCACCCUAUUGUCGCUCCGUGUUUUGCACAUUUCCAUUCUGAGUCAUCGGAGCAUGAGCCUCUUUGCUCCGUCGAGUCCAUGGUGGCAAAAAUGUGUUGAUGUCUUCAAAGUUGCACCGGUGUUGGAGGAAAUUUGGUUAAAGUGUCCUCCGAACUUGGUUCUCGACCUUCCAUGGAACCAGAUUCUACGCUUUCGGUUGAAACCCACGCAUAAUUCUGGGAACACUCUAUCUUUUCUCAAUAAAAUGCCGAAUCUCACAUCCUGUAUCCUGGAUGAUACUGCGCCUCACGCAAUGGAAACCUCACUACAGUUUGCACCACCGUCUUAUCGCGUCAAGUUGCACUCAUUGCAAUCGCUUACCUUCAAUAUCUUCAAUAAUGUGGAACCUGAUAUGCAACGCGGUAUUUAUCAGGUGUUAGGAUGGAUUUCUGCUCCAGCUCUUGAAAGCCUCGAUUUCAGUGGCGUUGAACUUGACCAAGACUUCCUACACGCUUUUGCAUGGUCCAUGCAAAAUUCGUGUUCCUCGAGUCGACUCAAAAAGUUCCGACUUGCAACUCGGCGCUCAUCCCCAGCAUUGCUCGUCAAUUUCCUCCAAAUUCUUCCUCCCACUGUCACACACCUAUCUUUGAAAUUCAACACUAAGUAUUACGAUGCUGGACACAGUGGGAACGUCAUGUUUCAGGCCCUGCGUAUUCGGUCCACGGAAAGCUCGUCAUAUGUCCUCCUUCCUCAUCUCGAGACUUUGUAUGUUCAUACGAAUGGAUACACAGCUGAUCUCCUAGACAUGCUCGAGUCCCGGCUGCAAUCGAAUCUGAACCCAACUGUGGCAGACCCCGCGAGUGAUACAAAUGUUCUUCCCUUGAAGCACUGCGCCAUCAAAGGCCGCGAUGUUGUAGGCGGAAAUCUCAUAUCCGAAACAAGAGCGAAUGCAUUUCGGGCUGGUGGAUUACACCUUGAGAUUGUGUUGCAUCCCCUCCCAUCAGAUUCCGAGACUGCGAUUAUUUCGGAGGCUCGUGUUUUUUGAGAGUUUCUUUUUCUUCUCACACUGGAUUCUUGCUUGUGUAGGCCCAAGUAAAGCUGUCGGACCUGGUUGGGCGACGGCUUCAACUUGGGCCCUCGUUACCUCACACCUGCAGGAAAAUCAGAACUCUCAAUGCCGGUGUCAGUUGGCCCCCGUGUCGCGACCAUCUCGGUGUUCAACUACCUCGAGCUCUAUUAGUAUCAAGCCCGCACUAUUCUAUGGCAUCAGUGCCCUGUUUUUCUGUCAUUUUGCGUCAAACGCUGUCAAACGUUGUCCCGGCCUCGUUUCAUCGAG